AUGGAAAGCAUGUUUGAUGGUGCAACAGUCUUCAAUGGUGAUGUGUCUAGUUGGGACACAAGCAGUGUUCAAUCCACAUUUCGAAUGUUUCGUGAUGCUGCUGGCUUCAACGGAAAUGUGUCUGGAUGGGUCACUAGCAAAGUCACGACGAUGGCCACAAUGUUCAAUCGUGCCACUGCAUUCAAUCGUAACUUGUCUGGUUGGGAUACCAGCCAAGUAACAGAAAUGCAAUUCAUGUUCAGCAGUGUAACCACCUUCAAUUCUGAUCUGUCCGGGUGGGAUACAAGCAAGGUAAAACAACUGAAUUAUAUGUUCCGUGAUUGCACUGCCUUCAAUGCAAACAUAUCUGGUUGGGACACAAGCCAGGUCACGAAGUUUGAUUCUGUAUUCAAUGGUGCAACUGUAUUCAACCAAGAUUUGACUGCCUGGGCGAGCAAAAUCACCAGCACAACAGCAGGCACCACAGACAUGUUUGCUGGAACUGCAUGCCCUGCAACAGGAGACCCCGACCUGACGGUGGACCCAAAAGGACCAUUCUGUUAUUACAAUUCUUUUGAUUACUUUGAGACCCGGACUGAGCUGGAUUCUACAAUUACAAUAGGAGACUGGACAUAUUCUCAGUUUGGACCAAUUGCAACAUGGGAUGUCUCACGCAUUACAGACUUUUCCGGUCUCUUCAGUGGCAAGUCUACCUUCAAUGAAGAUCUCACUUCCUGGGACACCAGCAGUGUCACAACGAUGGAAAGCAUGUUUGAUGGUGCAACACUUUUCAAUGGUGAUGUGUCUAAUUGGGACACUAGCAAUGUUCAAUCUACGUGGAAAAUGUUUAAAGAUGCCACUGCCUUCAAUCGUAAUGUGGAGGGAUGGGUCAUUAGCAAAGUCACGAAGACGGCCUCAAUGUUCAACCGUGCAACUGCAUUCAAUCGUAACUUAUCUGGUUGGGAUACCAGCAAAGUUACUGAACUGCAAUACACGUUUGCGAGUGCUACCAACUUCAAUUGUGAUCUUUCUGGUUGGGACACAAGUAGAGUUGUAAAAAUGGAGUACUUGUUCCGUGGUUGCACUGCGUUUAACGCAGACAUAUCCGGCUGGGUCACAAGCAAGGUCUGGAACAUGGCAAACACAUUUGAUGGUGCCACUUCCUUCAACAUUGAUGUAUCAGGAUGGGAUGUUAGUUCUCUGGGAAACUUUUGGUAUGCAUUUCGUGAUGCCGCUGCAUUCAACCAAGACUUGUCUGCCUGGGGCAACAAAAUCACCACCACAACAGCAAACACUAAAGACAUGUUUGACGGAACUGCAUGCCCUACAACAGCAGACCCAGUCCUCACCACUAGUCCAAAGGGGCCCUUCUGCUUCCCCUAGAAAACUUGAUGCAGUGACUACAUCACCACAGCAGCAUUGCUGCCAGAGCCCUCAACCCCUUUAAGUGUGUCCUCUUUAGGUGUAAGGGUAGGGUUAGAGAAUAAAUAAGCCAGCGAAAACUAUUUGAG